UAUAUAACAACGUUUUUUCAUACUGGUCAAGAUGAGGAGGAACAUAAACUAUCAAGAAAGAUGCUUCUGCUGGUCAUCUUUGAUGCCCGAACCCAAUGAUGAGUUUCAGGUGGGUGAUUUAUCAAUAACCAAACAACCAGCCGCAUCUACUGCCAUGUGGUGAUGCCACAAACAUGUGCCAUGGGCAAUCCCUAAGUUGUAGUAGUUGAUAACCUCCACGAGAGGCACAUGGAUGCUCUGCGAUUGAGAACUUGUGCUCGUUCUUGAGUGGUAUCAUACUUUCAGAUUUCUUUGCUCCACUGAAAAUUCAGCAUCUUCACUGAAAAUUCUGAACUUGACAUUUGAUGAAAGCAAGAUCAAGAACAAUCAUUAGGACUCAAUGGUCUCAAAUGAUACUCCUACAUUGCUACUUUCAUAUUCCUUCUCUCUCUGAAAGUGCAAGGACAUUUCUUAUUCAGAGUCUGCAUUCUGCGAAAGUCACUGCCUCGCAGCAUCACUUGAACUGCCAUCAGCUUCUGAAGGCCUGCAAGCACUGAAUUUUUUAGUGUAAUCUCUCUGGCCCAUCACUCGUCAGGUCAAGGGCCUCCCAAACGGGAAAUUCAAAUGCAGAACCACCGGAAUCUCGAAGCUCAUAACUAAAUCCCGGAUUCCGAGAUAUCGUUGUUCGGUGGGCGGCGGCGCGCGGAUCGUGAGGCAUGUGAUCACGUUGUCUGAUGGGAGUUAGAUAAUGCCAAGCUGACAGUAUCUGAGGCAGGGAGGUAGUUGCGACGCAGGCCCAACUAACUUCUCAUCAUGACCAGUCAAACCCCACACAAAGAUGCAUGUCAGCUUCUUCCUCGGAUCGCAGCCACAGCAGCUGAGCUGAACACCUAUAAAAGGAGGCCACUGCACUUGGUUCUUCCAUUCCAUAGCUGCACUUCACAAGUGACACAAGUGUACAAGUACUUGUCGGAAGGUAGCAGCAAUGGCGAAGCAACUGUCUCGCAAACGGAGCUUCAGGCUGCCGCUCCUUUGCAGGCAGUCGGACGCGGCGAGCCCGCGGGGUGCGGCCGUCACCCGGUCGUCGUCGCCGUCGUUCGGCAGGGGGUCCGGGUCCAGCUCCAGCUCCUGCAGCAGGCAAUGCGAACUGCAGAGGAUCUUCCAGCACUUCGACAGGGACAACGAUGGCAAGAUCUCCGGCGCCGAGCUGCGCGCGUUCUUUGUGUCCAUGGGCGACGACAUGCCGUCGUCGGGCGACGGCGGCUACAUGCUGGACUUCGCCGGGUUCGUGGCGCUGAUGGAGAGAGAGGGCGGCCAGGAGGACGACCUGAGGGGGGCGUUCGAGGUGUUCAACACCGUGGAGUCCGCGGGCAGGAUCACGGCCAGGGGGCUGCAGAGGGUGCUCGCCCAGCUAGGCGACCAGCGGUCCGUCGCCGACUGCGAGGCCAUGAUACGGGCCUACGACGUCGACGGCGACGGCGGCCUCGACUUCCACGAGUUCCAGAGGAUGAUGAGCUAGUCGAAGCUGGCUUAUAUAGUGAGGUUUUCACUCUCAGGGCCCUUGAGAAUUGAAGGGUUGUUCAUAAGUCUGCAUCCAGAUGAGACGACAAUGCAGGUUAUUACAAGGCAGGAGAGCUCUCUACCUGGAUGAUCUCCU